AUGCGUCCAAAAGUCUAUGCCGUCGUCUCUACCUGCACUUCCGCCGGGAAAAAUGCUGCCAAAUUCAGUCAUUGCGUGAGAUCAACCCAGCCAAAACUCACAAUUCGGUCAAUUUCGCAAUCGACAAGAAAGUCACAAGAACACGGUCCCUCUGCUCAGUGGGAGGCUGCGCGUGCCAACGCAAAAUUCAAGAAUCGAACUGCCUUGUUUUAUGGGACGAGUCUGGGUAUAGGGGUUCUGGCUCUCGCAUAUGCUUCGGUUCCUCUCUAUAAAAUGAUAUGUCAACAGAUGGGUUGGAAUGGACAACCCGUCAAGACCCACGACGCUUCUGGCGACCCUGCCCUACGGUUGAAACCCCUCGAGGACCACCGCCGACUCCGAAUCACCUUUAAUGGCUCAGUUUCCGAUGUCCUGCCUUGGAAAUUUACACCUCAGCAACGAGAAGUGAGAGUCCUGCCAGGCGAGACGGCUUUGGCCUUUUUUACAGCUACCAACAAGAGUGACGCAGACAUAAUUGGAGUGGCAACAUACUCGGUAACCCCGGGGCAGGUGGCACCAUAUUUCAGCAAGAUUCAAUGCUUUUGCUUUGAGGAACAACGAUUAAAUGCUGGCGAGACGGUGGACAUGCCCGUUUUCUUCUUCAUCGACCCAGAGUUUGCUAAGGAUCCACAAAUGAGAAACAUCGACACUAUCACCUUGAGCUACACUUUCUUCAAAGCCAGAUACGACAAGAAUGGGGUCUUGACCACGGUACCUUUGGCAAUGCAGCCAGCAUAG